AUGAGUGUGCAGAUCCAGGUGGAGGAUACGUUUUUCUCCGUGGACAAGGCUCUUUUGAUGGAACACAGUGAAUAUUUCCGCGCUCUCUUCCAGUCAGGCAUGAGGGAGAGCACGCAAAAGGAGAUCCAGAUCAGGAAUCUGAGUGCUGCUGGAUUUUUCAUCAUGCUAAACGUCCUGGAAGGAGAGCAUCCUAUCCUGAGCUGUGAGGAAAACCUCAAGGCCGUGGAAUGUGCCUCCUUCUUGCAGGUGAAGGCCCUGGCCAAGUAUCUGAUUGCAUCCAUCAAUUCUGACAACUGCAUCAUCCUAUACCAAGCUGCUGCAAUGUUUGGCCUUCUGGACCUUUUCCAUAGGACUGCCCUAUACAUAAGAGAUAGCUAUUCUGAUCUGGAGGAAUAUCUGGACUGUCUUUCUCCAGAUCUUUUGGAUUAUGUAGAGUCUCUUCUCCCCAGUCGCUUUGUGGCUGUGGGAGCUCACACACCCACUUUCGAGUUUUUGGAGGAUGUCUCACGAACCAUUUGCUACCUGGAUGAGGAAACCAACACCUGGAGGACACUUUCUUAUUUACCACUCACCGCCAGCACCUUUCUAGCUGGCAUGACAACCCUAGAUAACAAAAUUUACAUUGUGGGUGGGGUCUAUGGGUACCACAAGCAGGUUGUGGACCACAGUUUUUGUUAUGAUCCAGUAACCAACAUCUGGAGUGAAUUUUCUAGUCCUCAGCAACUUCGGUAUGAUGUCACCCUGACAGCCCUGGAAGAUAAUCUUUAUGCUAUUGGUGGUGAAUUUGGGAAAACGCCACUGAAAUCAGUAGAAAAAUUCAACCUAUCAACCAACAAGUGGAACUUUCUUUCAGAUCUGCCACAACCAGCAGCGGCUGCACCCUGUGCCCAAACAAUGGGACGUAUCUUUGUUUGUUUAUGGAAGCCUCUUGACACCACAGUCAUCUAUGAGUAUCUGUCCCAGAAGGAUGAAUGGCUUCCCAUCUCAACACUUAACCGGCCUCAGAGUUAUGGCCAUUGUAUGGUGGCUCAUAGAGACAAUCUCUACAUCAUGCGCAAUGGGCCCUUUGAUGACUUCCUGCGAUGUAUGAUAGACUGCUUCAAUCUCACUACGAUGCAGUGGACAUCUUUACCUGGCCAGUACAUGAACAGCAAAGGAGCACUCUUCACUGCAGUCAUCAAGGGGGACACUGUUUACACAGUCAACAAGAUGUUAACCUUAUUGUACACCAUAGAGGACAGCACAUGGAAAUUCAAAAAGGAGAGAGCUGGUUUCCCAAGAAGUGGUUCUCUGCAAACCUUCCUUCUCAGGUUUCCAAGAACAGAUCACAGGAUUGCAACGUAAAUGUGGCAACUCCAUGGAUUAUUUAGUGGUGGCCAUCUAACAUCACAUCUGGACUUUUCUGGUUAGUCUACUUUUUAAAUUUUUCCAGACUUCCUGAGAUACAGCCAGAUCAAACCAAGUGUUAUGAGAUCAUGAUGGUUCAUGCAGAGUGAACAAAGUCCCGAGAAGAUGCUCAGGGCAAACUUCAGCAAUUGCAACAGAAACCACGGUCUUAUCUUCUUGGUACUGUAGCUAGGCUUGAGGCAUUAUGAAUGGUGAACGAUGGAGUUUUCACCUAUCCAUUUGGGGCAACAAGAUUAUCCUGAUAGGCCAGGCCUUUGUAGAGGUGUAGACCUGCAAGAGAAGAAGCCACUAAUACAUCAGAAGGCCGGGGAUGCCCAGGAGAGGAAAUAUGGAGAGAGAGAGGCAUCUAGGUACGUUUGGAAUAUGGUCUCCUGAAAUUCAGGACAGAUUAUUGGCCCUAUUUGUUUAGCCCCAUCACCUGGUCAGCAGAAGCACCUACUGCUUUGCUGGCUAACCCUGACUGGGCUCAUGCAACACAUUUAAUCUGCUUGUUGAAUUAAUCCCUUUUCUAGGCAUGCAUAAUAAUGAGUCAUAAAUUAACCAAACGCUGGGUUUGCACAACUCACUUAAAAAUGAAAUUAAAAUUAACCAAAUUUAACAUAUGUGGAGAUGCAGUUCUCUUUUCCUGGCCUGUUUAAGUGUUUUAUCUGAACUUUAAGCUUCUUAUAGCUUAAGGCUGCAGCCAGGUUCAUACUACACCGUGGAGGUACCUAGAACAUUUGAAACCAGCAACUACUGAUCUCCAUUUAGCAUGUAGUGCAAAACUCAGCUGAAUCGUCACAUAGGAA